GUUUGAUUAAAUAGGAAACGAGAAUCCCUUUCGCCCUUUCCCAUUACCAUAAGACCUAUAUCCGAUCAGUCCGGUUUUAACCUUCUCAAGAAAUUAUAGUGCGCCUGUAAAAUCUUUAUUUCACCGCCUAUUCUUAUUUUUCGCAAUUCGCAAUUCGCAAAUCCUAAACUCAAUUUAUUUUCAACGACUCUAUUGUUCCUGAACCAGCACAUCGUUUUUUAACAAGCGCUAACAUACCCGUCACAAAGAGGGUUUCCAACGGCCUAUAAAUUGUAUAAAUAAUCUAGCUCUUAAUCCAUCCCCAUGGAAUUCAUGUCGCAAACAGCCCAAUCGUUUCACUGUUCGCAUACUAGAGGAUUCAAGACCUGAUACUUUUUUCCAACUUACCGCAUCUAUCGACGACGGACAUAACACCACACUACCCUAGCGUAUUAGUAAAGCAUUCUAGACUUUCGAUCCACCAAAAUGCACGAUCUAAGAAAGAAGAUCUUCGAGAGCGGCAAGACCGUCUCUAGAAAGGCGCGCUCGCGACAGCCUUCUCGACAGCCAUCUGCGCAACAGUCACCCGCUAGUUCACGCCCUGGUUCGCGUGCUACUAGUCGACACGCAUCCGAGGAAGAUGAUUCUAGCGAAUAUGAGUACACCGACAGUUUAGCAAGUUCUCUCGUCAUCUCGGAAGAGGGCGACGAAGAAGGUACAGCACCACCAUCAACAUCAGAGGUACUACACAACCAUAUCGUGGACUUGCUAGACCAGAAACGCGACAACGGCCAGGAUCGAGCAGAAAAGUUAUCAGCCUAUACAGAGUUGAUUCGACACCAUCCAAGUGCCGAGGAAAUCGAUGCGCAGAUGGACGAACUCAUUCCUAUGCUGCUUAAGAGUGUACGCGGUCGUCGGACUCCACAAGGAGUUAUGUGGUCACUGAAGGCUUUAAUGGUGACUAUCCUCUCGUCUGGAGCCGAGAGCAUCUAUGGUCGCGUGUAUCCAACUCUCAAGACUCUCUGCGAGAACUCGGAUUAUGAUGACGACGACAACGAGCAGAUCAAGGUAGCAGCUAUCCGAGCUAUGAGUGUCUCGACAUUAUGUGGCGGAGGCUCUGUUACCGCUGCCGAGGAGUUUUUAGAGUUUCUUAUAGAAAUCAUCCAGAGCGAUGGACACGUCAUUGAUGCUGGCGAUAAUGGUCCAGUGGUCGCUGCAGCUCUGAAUGCUUGGGGAUUCGUUGCGAGUGGCCUAGAUGACCUUGAAGAGCAGAGCACCGAGGCGCUGGAAGCAUUUAUGGAGCAGCUUGAUAGCGGUGACGUCGACGUCCAAGUGGGUGCCGGAUCUAACAUAGCGCUACUUUUGGAGAGUGCUCGCGAGUACGAAGAAGAGACAGGGGAGACAUGGAAUAUGCGUUACGAUCAGGAUGCGCUUCUUCGCCGCAUGCACGCGCUCACUAGGGAGUCCUCGAAAUCCAUAUCCAAGAAAGACAAACGACAGCUUCAUGGCAAUUUCAACAGCAUCGUGACAUCUCUUGAGCAUGGCAAGGGUCCAGGAUACUCAACCGCACGACGUUUUGCGAGCAAUCCUCACACAGGCGGCAAUAAAUCGGACUUCAAUGGCGACUUCCAAGAAUAUGGUUACAGACAGAAGCUCCGAAUUCAGAAUAUCAGCAUUGUGAUUGACACUUGGUCGCUAUCGGCUCGAGUUGGAAUGCUCAAGUCUAUUCUCGGAGGUGGCCUUGCCAGCCAUUACCUGAACAACCCUGUCGUGAGAGAACUAUUGAGCGGCGCAAAGACCGAGUACGUCUCAGCACCGCAGAACCAGAAGCCCAGCAAGUUUGAACGUAAGAAUCGCCUGAAGGGAUUCUCAGAUUGAGUAGUUUGAGACACUAGACUACUAGGCGACUUCGUACAGACCGAAUACUGUCUGAUAAAUCCCGUCUUUCAAUUUCUUUUGGACUGCAAGCUCAUGCUGAUACCCGUGCAUGCAUGCUAGCAACAAGGAUUGGUUUUAUACAUCGCGAUUGGCAUUACUGGUACUGUUUAGCUUUAGAGUAUAUUGUAAAUAAACACUUCAUUUCAUUUUGAAA